CGUAAAUAACACGAGCGCUGGGUAACCUCGCUUUCUUCACGUAAUUGCUUAUUAUCGUGAGGCUUGUCGAUUGCGCGGAGAGUCACAAUUUUAAACAAUGGCACACAUUCCUUCGGAGCUCCUAUCGCAUCAGCAGAAAGUGUGCAGGCUCUACAAGCGCGCCGUUCGUUGCAUGGAGGAUUGGACACAUAAUACACACGAACGCAGGUACGAGGCUGCCUUGUUGAGAGAGCGCUUUGACAAGAAUAAAGAUAUCAAGGAUGUGCGUUACGCAAAGCAUCUGCUGGAAGAAGGAGAGAAAGAGCUAUUCUCCAAGAUUCAUUAUCAACCGAUAACGUUCGCCAAUUCGAUCACAGGAGGGGCGUACGGCCGGGAGUGCGAUGCUCCGGACUGGAUGUUGGAUUACUGGCAUCCCAUGGAGAAAGCUAUGUACCCCAAGUACUUUGCACGCCGUGAACAAAUGAAGGACGAGUACGAGAAGUGGUACUUUGAAACUUAUCCAGAGGAAAAGAAGAAGAUUGACAGUCACUAGGCGCCUGUAAAAUAACAUACGUAUACUUGUGUUGUAUCGACAGCGUCGUUGCUUGUAGAUAAUGUUGUAAUAUAAUAAUGCGCAUUGUUACAUCAAA